CGCCGCGCUGACAGCGGGGCGCGGCCCGCGGCCUCUGCCCGCCCGGGCGCCGCGGGUCCCGUCCCGGAGGAGGCUGCGGCGGCACCUGUCCCGCCGGGACGCGGCCGGCUCCGGGGCAGGGCAGGGCAGCCCGGGGGUACCGGGGGCUCCGCAGCCGCGUGGCGUGCCGGCUCCUCCGUGCCCGGAGGGCUUUGGGAAGCGGGAUGCGCGCCCCGGCUUCAGCGCCGGGCGGUGCGUGCGGAGGAAUCAAGAAUGCUUAAACUGGAUUUAUCAUUCGUCCUGCAACGAACCUAAAACGCCUCUCCACAAAACUUUAUGUCUGAGGUACCGUUUGUUUCUUUUAGCCAACAGUAGUGACUAAGGUCUUGUCAGAAUCGAUGGAAGCUGGGAAGGACAUGGUUAUUAACUUUUUAUGAACUGACUGUGACCCCCAGGACCUGUGCAAGUUGCUUGGAUCACCUAGGAGGACUUUGUUUCUGGGUGAAGAAUGCAGACCAUAAAGUGCGUGGUGGUCGGAGAUGGCGCGGUGGGAAAAACUUGUCUCCUCAUCAGCUACACCACCAAUGCCUUCCCAGAAGAGUACAUCCCUACUGUGUUUGACAACUACAGUGCCCAGAUGACCGUGGAUGGGCGGACAGUCAGCCUGAAUCUCUGGGACACUGCGGGCCAGGAGGAGUACGACCGCCUGCGCACGCUCUCCUACCCCCAAACCAACGUCUUCAUCAUCUGCUUCUCCAUUGGCAGCCCCUCCUCCUACGCAAACGUCAGGCACAAAUGGCACCCUGAAGUUUCUCACCACUGUCCAAACGUCCCCAUCCUUUUAGUGGGCACGAAGAGAGACUUGAGAAGUGACCUGGAAACGGUUAAAAAGUUGAAAGAGCAGAGCUUGGCUCCCACUACCCCGCAGCAGGGGACUUCACUGGCUAAACAAAUUGGAGCGGUCAAAUAUUUGGAGUGCUCGGCAUUGAAUCAGGAGGGUGUUCGGGAGGUGUUUGCUGAGGCUGUCCGUGCAGUUCUGUAUCCUGUGACAAAGAAGAACACAAGAAAAUGUGUCUUAUUGUAGUUGCCUUGGGUGAUGGAUGUUGGAAGUUGACUAGAAUCUUGGAGGGCUUUUUAACGAGUUAAAUUGAAGAUUUGCAUCUUGCACUAACAGCUCUAAGCAGAAAUGGUUUAUACAAUGAAUAUUCUCGCAGUCUUACUGCUUCAGGGAAACUGAAACGGAACAGGUUUUUUUUUUUUCCAACUGAGAGGUCAAAUACCUACUCUAUUUCUAAAGUUCCAGUCUCCAGCUUCUCCAGGGAUCACUUGAUUAUUUUAGUAGGGGAAAAUAAAAGAGGAGACGUCUUUGAAGCCACUUCUUUACUAGAUAGCCAUCAGUUACUAGAUUUGCUGAAAAGCACAAAUCCUGAUAACUUUGCUUUAAGUGUAGCUGCUGCUUUUCCCAUCCUUUAUUUACUGAUUGAAUUUGUUUUACAAACAAAAGUCUAGCUGUCCAGUUGUUUUGUCAAUUUAAAGCUUGAAAACUAUUUGUUUACUUGCAAAAAAUGCCUGAACUAUUACUGAGAUUCACCUUGUAGUGAACUGUGAUUGAUUGUAUGAAGAGUUAGCAUUAGGCAUGGUUAAUGCAUGAGCAAGACCAAGGGAAUACCUGCAAUGAUUUAUUAAUAGAAGCAGGAGCUGAUUUCUCCUUAUGUAAAGAACUUAGAAUAAUGAUGACUCACUCAAAUGAGUGAUUUUCAUAGUUUUGAGGUGGAGAAGUGGAAGAGUAGUUUAGAUUCAAGUCUUCCAUAAUCUUCUAAACUGAGAUUUUAUUUCACUGUCCAAAGAGACUUUGCACCCUGAGAACAGAGUUUUAACAAUUACCUUCUCAGGCUGACUGAGGUAUUUGGGAUGACACUUCUCAAAAUGAGAUUUUCAGUGAAAUCCCUUUGAUGAAUCCCAGAGACUUGGCAGCAACCUGUUUGCUCUUGAGGAAUUAAUUGCUUCAAUUCCUAACAUUCUUGGGACCACCAUCUGAGACUUUUAUGGCAAAUUCCUUCGUUGUUUUUCUGUGAGAAGGCUGACAGAAAAUUUGGAGGUUCUAUUCACAGGAACCUGUGCUUCUUCCUAUUUUCAGUUCAGUCUGUAAUGGUUAGCCAGUCACUGGAUAGGAUUACCUGGGCGGUUUUUUCCUCUCCUGGAUGCUCAGUUCUUAGGAACUCUUUUUAACUGAAGUUCUAUUUACAUACUUUUUAACCUUCUUUAGCAGCUCUAGUAAGUGGCAGCUGGCUUUUAUUUUCAGGAUGUGCACUGUUCUUUAUGUGUGGUUCCGGGGCCAGCUGAGGAGUGAGCGCAUGAGCCCUUCCUUAGACUCAACCUUCCAGCUCCGUGGUAUGAAAGCAGCAUGCUUCAAAGAUACUUUGUGUGAAACCACUGGUGCUGGACUGGGCUUUGUUGUCUGAAGUUGACAGUGCUGUCUUUGUCUGGCUGCAGCCUCAAUUGGUCAUUCAGAACUUGCUUCUUUCUUGUGAUUCCCACACAUGCAAAACUGCACUGGUGUAUACCCUGGUCAGAAAAAAAAAAGUGCCUCAUUUUAGCAAGAUAAGAGAAAAUACAUCAACAAGGUUAUUAGGGAUCUUGUGUUAAUUUGACCUUGCUUUAUCUGAU